UAAACAUUGGAGCAAGGAUACACAUUUAGAACACAACGAAUCAAUUAACACCAGCUUAGCAACUCUGCACAUCAGGUUGGCAGAAAUGGCAGCUCUUUUAGAAAGCGGGUUGACCUGCAUAAUAAAAGCCAAGUCUAUUGAGAGAGUAAUUGCUCCCAUUGCAGCACAGGUCUGCCAUUUAAUCAUCAUAAGUGAAUGGGGGGACUCCGAUGGCAAAUUUGCGCAUUUAGAGGAGGAAGCUGAAGAGGUGGCAAAAGUUACUAAACAACUGGCGCUUGUUGCUUCCAGACUAGCUGAAGAGUCUGAAGAUGACAUCCUGAGAAAGGAAAUGGCCCCAGCAAAGGAGCUGGUCGUUAUUUCGGGAAACAACGUGUUGUUGGCGGCUCAGAAGUUAUGCAUUCAACCUCAGUACCCGCAGCACAGAGAGGAACUUGUUGCCUCUACUCAAGAUGUCUUAAUGGGAACUCUAAAGAUUCUCUUAAUAGAAGACGAUGCCGUAGUGAGGAGGAUCGUGACAGCAGCUCAUUGGCUCUUGGACUGCAUUACACUGCUCGAGUCUGCAAAAGAUGUGUCCUCUUUACUAAUGUCCUUCCAGGGGUUUUCUGAGGCUUUGCUUCUGCUGAACUGCUUAGUAAAAAGCCGUAUACAGGAACUCAGGGACAACUCACAACAAGAAUCUUUGGAUCACUCUUUGAAAACUCUUAAAAACUGUAUCUCCAUGUUAUACACAGCCCUGCUCACUAGUCUCAGACACCCCCAAAAUGAACAAGCCAAAUCUGCCAAAAAGUACAUCACCGAUCAAAUGGACACAACCAUAAUGGACAUAAUAUCACUGCUGAGAAACGAUUCAAACGAGAAGCCUCAAGCCAACGCAGGAUCCUACUCCCACAAACUGCAUAGCCUUUUUCAGCUGUUGUCUAGGUCGAUGUGUUCAGUAAUAAAGGACAGUGACUUUGACAGCUUAGUGCGAGACCUGGUAUUUCAUUGCAUGGCAGUGGCCAGUGCCUCCCAAGAGAAAAAACAACUGAAAGUGGUAAAACAUUGCCAGCGUCUUCUGCAACUAAGAUCCAAAAUAUCAAGUCAGGCUAAGCUCUUGGAAAACCAUGCUAAACAUGUGCAACAGGAUUUGGAAGAAAGCUGUGCAUCAAUGAAGAAGGAACUCCAGAACCUGGACAGCAGUAUGAUGACCGUGAUUCUGUACCACAUUUUGGAUAGCUUUACACAAACCAAAGAACCUCUGGAGAAGCUUGUAAAAGCUGCAGAACAAUCGUCAAACAUCCAUGGAGUCAACCAGCUAGACCAGCUUCAGCCUUUUCUCUCUGCCUUCCUCAUGCAUGCCGAUCAUAUGAUACAGGUGGCUAGUUUUGUUUCAGCAAGCUCCAGCAAUAUAAAGAAUAUCCAAGCCAUUGAGUCAUCUAUGAAAUGUUUAAAACGCUUAAAGGAUAACGUGGUUCCGAUCUUGUUGGACCUAAAUAAGAGCUCACAGCGGUCUACUGCUUUGGAGAAAUUAGAGGUCCUGUGUCAGCAAUGGGAAAGUGAAACACAGCAGCUAUUGGGAGCUCUCAAUGAUGUCGUCAACAUCUAUGAGUUCACUGAUCUGGCUAUUGAAGAAAUAGUGGAUGUCAAAGCUAAAUGUGAAAAAGCUUUUAAAGCCCAGAGUGCUGAACACUUCUAUGAACAUACCUUGAAUCUUGUAGGGCAUGUGAACAUCAUAGUUCAGGCUGCAAAAAGGCAUGUAGAUAAAAGCGAUGACCCUAUCUUCCGAAAUGGGCUUCUGGUUCUGGUGAAACAAGUGGAAUCUGCUAUUCCCCCAGUAAACUCAGCAGUGCAUCAAUGUUCAAAAAGCAUAUCAGAUGUAAAAUCCUUGGUUACAUUUUCUGAGAGAAUGCUGAAGAUGAUCAAACUAAUUCACAUACUAAGGGAUGGCCUGAAUGGCUUCAACCAUCCAGACAUCCUUAGUCCUCUACGGGAGCAAGCACGUCCACUUGUGAGUUCAAAAGUCGCCAUCUGCACAGAGAAUCCAGAUUUUUCAAUCCUGGACGUUAAAAAUGAAAUUUAUAACCCAGAUGACAACGACAGUAUGGAAUUGCUUGAGAGAAACUUGGUCAAACCUCGGCUACUUUGUAGUAACAAAACAAUUCACAACAAGCCAUUACCCAUCAUCAACAAAGUAAACACAGACACAAUAGCACAAAGUUUAGAUUUACUGCCUGUCUUAUAUGAAGUUUUAAGUGCAACAAAGAAAAAAGAUAUUACAAGCCUAAACAUUGCUUGUACAAACCUCCUUGAACUGUCAAACUGUUAUGCCCAAGCUGCCAAAGAGGCCAUUGCUAUCACUGAUGAAGCAGAGACUGAGAUACUAGAGUCUGUAAGAUCUGGGCUCAUAACACUGACACCUGACCUUAUUAGGUCUGCUCAGGAAGUAGCAAUAAACCCGACGCUGGGUAAAGACAGCCUGUACAAACAUGCUGCCUUGUUUUCCGACACGAUUACUAAAAUGAAGCAGAUAUUGCUGCCUGCAGCGGGAUCCUGGUAUCAUGCUGUGUGUUCGAUGACGCAGAACGAAUCUGAAAAUAGCAUUACCCAAACUUUUCACAGCAUCAGUGAAAUAACACGUGUCUUCUCAGAUUUGGUACAAUUAGCUGGCAAUUCCAAGUUUUCAAACACAAACUCCACAGUGUUUCCUGUACCUCAGGAGAGCAUAGCGACUCUUCACACCAAACUGAAAAGGGUACAGGCUAAUGCUAAACAUUUAUAUGAAGUGGCCAUCUCUUUACCUCUUGGUUCUGCCAAUCUUGAAGGGCCCUGCAUUUUAUGGUCACUGUCUGUCCAAGUUCUACUAAACUCCAUUGAUAAACUCUUAGGAAGCAACACAUUUGAUACUCCAGGAAAGGUUUUGAAGCAUGAAUUUGCACAUCAGAAAUGUUUAUUGACUUUUUCAGAAAAUUCUCUUAGAAUCCAGCAGGCAGCUACAUUGUCCGCCCUCUGCUGUAUAGACAAGAAUACAAACAGGAAUAUUAUAGAUCUGAAAGGAGAAAUUAUGGACCUUACUGAAACCUUCUUGCAGUCAGCAGAAAUCCUCAACACGUCACCUCUACCCAGUAUAAACCUACUUGCCCGUUCAGAGCUUCUACAAAGAGAACUUCAAAUAAAAAUAAAGAUGUUAGCUGGUAUUGUCGGCAGAGUUAAUGCAGAUUAUGAAGAUGCAGUAAAAAAUACUGUCCAUCUAGCAAUUCUGACAGCCACUAAUCUCGGAGAUAAAAAGAUAGCAUCUCAUAAUAAUUUUGAAAAAGAAGUAGCUUCUUUGUUAGCAAAUGUUAAUUUUGUGCAAGAAAACAUACAAAACAGCCUCUAUUAUAUCAGGGAUCAGAGACUUGAAGACAAUUUGAGUCUCAACACUGAACAUCUCUGUUUGCUAACGUCUGAAAUUGUAAGCAGGGCAAGAAAGAUUGCUGAGAAUUUAGACCUUGAUGACGUGCCAAGGCUUGAAAUCCUGACAAAGGACUGGUCUGCAAAAGCACAUUACAUUGUGACACAACUUCAGAAAGUUAAAGAAAUUAAUGGGGAAGUAAAAAACUUAAUCACACAGGGCCUACAAAGUAGGCUCUUUAUUGGAAGCCAAAAUACAUCUGCUGAAAAAAUUGUUUUACAGUCUGGUCAGCCAAAAUGUAAAGCUACUGCUCCGAACUUCAAGAGAAACAUAGGCCCAGCUCAUCUGGAGAAAGAACAACCAAGUGUUAAUGCAGAGAUCACCCACCAGCAUCCAGUCACUAAAUGGGAUACCCUAAAGGAUUGUAGUGCAACCCAGAAUGUGUUCUGUAAUAGCAGCUCUGCAUACACUCUUGCUGAAGCAGCCCUUUUCUUGAAGAGAGAAACAGACAAGUGGGAGGAUGAAAAAAAUCAGAUUGUCCAGGUUACAAAAGAAAUGGCCAACCAGAUGUAUAACAUGGCCCAGUUUCUUAAAAAGAAAGGGCCCAUCAAGACCAAGGAAGAAUUCAUUAUUUCUGCAAAACAAAUUGCUGUUAAUGGCCAAGUGAUCACAAAUUUUGCUCACAUAAUUGCAGAAUAUUGUCUUGAUAGUCGAUGUGCAAAAGAACUGCUGUGUGCUGCGGAACAGAUCCUUACACUUACUAACCAACUCAAUAUCAUAUCCAGUGUGAAAGCUGCAAAACCAGGUAAUAAGUCAUCUGAUGAGAUUCUGGUAAAGAAUGCCCAAAACCUGAUGCAGAUUGUCUUGAAAUCCAUAAAAGCAGCAGAAACAGCCUGCAUUAAGGGCCUGAGACAACCCCCACCAAACACAGAUGAAGCUCAAGCAGCUGCCUUGUGUAUCCAAUGGAAGAAAAAGCUCCAGCACCACAGAGUCAGGGAGGCCUUAAACCCAGAAAUGGAUGAUCUUGGGCUCCGGAAAACAAGAUUAAGUCAAGCUAUACCGAGUCUGGCACCUGUUAUUAAAAUACCAGACUCCAAUUAGAAUACCAGUAACUCUAAUGUGUAUAUUGCAGGGGUGGCCAAACUUCCUGACCCUACGAACCGCAUACAAACAUUUUGAUAUGGCCGAGAGCCGCAAGACACAUACUAUGAAAAAUAAAAUGUUUGUGAGCAAGACAUUUUAGUUCUCUCGAACAUUAAAUCAGAAUCUUGCACAUGUGUAUUAUAGUAGUUGUUAUUGCUUGAUGGCAGCAAAAUACACAAGAACAAGGGAUAGAACAUUGCA